CGCGACACAAGUUCACAGUGAGCUCGAAAGCUCGGCUGAAAGUGCUCCAGUUGUAGAAUCAAUGCAGAGAACAGCCGAAGCUACUUGUGCAUGCAUGCGAGAGCUUGCACGCAUCGCAGCGGAAGAAACAAAAGCGGAGACCGUGAAGAAGACAGCACAGCCGGUUGUUGAAGAUGAAGAAGGAGAAGAUGAUAAAGCGGAACAAGAAAAGGCGAGCCCCAACAAGAAGCGGGUCAGUAAAAAGCACACGGUAACCGGUGGUAAGCUUUUCGUUGACAAUUUGAAAGCCUGCGCCGCUGCUGCGGAGAUCGCCUACAUCGCAGUAGAGAGCAAAAAGGCACCAAAAGAAUAUAUGACUGCAUCUGAUGUCACGGAUGCUCCCCAGGCUGCACUCACGCUCUUGCGAAGCUUCGCGCCUUGCACAAUCGACAGCUUUUUGCUUGCGGCAGCCGGUUCCGUGUUCGAUCGGUUCGCGCGCAUUGGCAAGGCCACAGGCCAAUUUUUCUUGCACCACCUUUUUCAGGCACUGCGCAAGUGCCCCAGCGAGAGCGCACACGGGAUCACGCAGAGAACGCUGCACUACUUCGAGGCCCGCCGCACAUCCGACUUGAGCAGUACGCUGCUGCCAUGGUUAACAGCGAACUGCGCGAUGAACCAUGAUCCUUUACUGUCAACUUGCUCGCAAAGUCUUGUCGAUGCCGGUCGAACAGCUACCAAGAACGAUGACGCACAGGAAGAUGUGCUGGCGACAUUAGCGACACUAUUGAGGGGUGCAGUCACGGAGGCUGCCUUCAUGCAGUACUACAAUGUCAGUUUGCGAGGACGUUUAAUGAUGUCCGGCGGAACGAGGAAAGGCAAAGACGAAGAUGACUCCAGCGGCGAGGACGACGAAAAGGUAGAUAUUGUGGAGGCUGCAACCCCGAAUAGCUUGAUCGCGGCUUUGACACAGCAUUGUACUCCCGAUGAGAGGCAGACUUUCGAUUCCGCGCCGAUGUUGUGCGUACAACUCGUGGCUCGAUAUCUUGUCAUGCGCGGGCUUGUCGGCGCUUCACAGAAAAGUGUGGGUGCACUUCUUUUCGCAUUGUUUGAGGCGGAGACGUGCUUACUGGAGCCCAGCAGAAUUCAGAACGCGAAGCAACUUCCUCGUUCGCUCUACACGCCAAGUAUGAAGAAACGACGCAUCGCACUAGCUAGUGCUGUCGAGGACGUGCGCAAAACGUUGUUGACAUCCCUCUUUGGCCGCCACGGAACACGCGAGUUCUAUGCUGCGGCCGAGUGCGCUCUUGAGCGUGCGGUUGAGUCCCGCGACUGUGCGACGAAGAUCCAGUCGUGUGACGUGGUCCAAGUCGUGCUUUCUGCUUGUCUCGUCUGCUUCGAAAAUGCACCACGCAUGAAGGUUGUUGCAGAACCAGAGAACGGUAAGAAACGCGGUCGCGACGAAGACGAACCUGACGUGAAGGAGCGAGGCUUUGACGCUGAGAUUGUCGCUGCGCAAAAUCGUAUUUUGGGUCUGAUCGCGCGUGGCAACCUAUCGGAAAGCAAGAUCGCGGACACAAUGGUUGGCUGGAAAAGUGUCAUGCGCCUCUUCGCGUCUGCACCAACAGCACUGGCAGAGACGUGUAGCCAAAAGAUUCUACCGCACGUUGCACGCCACGCUGUUUCCCUAGUAGACGACGCUGAUUCGGAUGCUUCUAGAACUUCCGCACGCGAAAUGUUUACCUUCCUAUCGCAGACGGCGCGCGAAACCCCACGAAAGCUGCUUCUUGAAUCGGUGAACAAGGUGACGCCCCCACUGCUCGCGGUACUCAAGCGUCAUUCAUCUGCAACUCCUUUACGCAAGGCAGCUUUGGUAGUGCCAGUGCUGGCAGUUUCAUCUGAGAAGUCAAAAUUACCACGAACAAAACGCGGAAAGGAACACAAAACGGUGGAGGAGGCAGCAGAUGUGAUGAAAACCUCUGUUGACGUUAUUCCAUUCCCAACUGACGCCUUAUGUUUGGCCAUGAGCAGUUACGCAUCAAAGACUGGCGCUUAUCUCUCCGUCUACACCAAGGAACUGGUGGAAAUUUUCCUUGUGGCACCGUCGGAAUCCGCUAUCCAGCAGCUCGAUCAAUUGUUGAAGACCUGGCUUCAAGCUGUUCCGCUGCACUCUCUCGUGCCUUUGUUCCGCGAUCUCCUUGGAUCCAGCGGCCCGGCCAAAAAGAAUAGCAGGAAGAAAACCUCCAAUACUACUACGGAAGGAGGUCGGACGAAACGUGAACUGUUGUUGCUUUCCUACCUCUUCCAGCAUGUUGCCUCCAAUGCGGAUCCGGACACGCUAGGCCCAUACGGUCCGGCGCUGUUUGACGACAUGAUUACGCCUCUCUGCGCGCGGUUGGAGGCGGAGGCAUCAACUCCGGAAGAGGAAGCAGCCGCGAGAGAGCUCAUCGCUGCGCUUUACGCGCAGUGCGCACUCAGGUUGGAACUUGACGUUCUCACAA